GCCUCCAGGGGGCAGAGGGAGCAUCCGGGGUCCCGCCGGCACCCAGGUGAGGCCGCUCGGGGAGGCCCGAGAGACGCCGAGGCCUGGAACCGAGAGGGCGCGGGGCGGCCCCGGGCCGGGAUGUGCCCACGAGGCCGGGCCCGUCGUCGGCUCCCGGGGCCCGGACAGACUGGGGCCUCGGAGAGACGAGCGGGCUCCACACGGGCAAACGGGGCGAUGCCGGGCGUCCGGGCUGGGUCGCGGCCCUCAGAUCCCGGCACAGCGAGGGAGCCUUUCUUUGCCCUGGCGCGGGGAGCAGGAGGCCCGGGGGAAGGAUGAGCAGAGGACGCGGUUCCUGACCUCUGGCUGAGGGUCUCCGGGCCAGGAGGUCCCUGGACUGAGGGGUGGGGCUUCGGGGCGGCGGAGGGUGGACGCCCAGGACCCCCGGGGAGCACGGAGCAGACACCCCCCCCCCCGGCAGAGGGGCCCGGGCAGAGAGCUGCCCUGUGCUGGGUGCUGGGAAGCCAGGGAGAGGGGCGCACCCAGCAGUCUCCCCGGCCUCAGACCCGGGGGGAGGGGGGGGCGGCUGGGCAGGUGUGGCCACGUGUGGGCCCCUCACCUCUUCCGGGUCCGCGUGGGGUCUCGUUCUGAGUUUCCCUCAGGCUCGCAGGGGAGAGGGCCUGGGCCUGGCAAGAAAAGGCGAGCAGAGGCCGGAGCCCUGAGGGGACCACCCAGCGGGGACUGGGGGCCCUCCCAGAGUCCGGUUCAACCGUCCUUCCAGCACUGGAGGCCCGGGCUGUGCCACGGUCUACACCCGCGGUGCCCCUCCACUCCUCUUACAGAGUCUCCAGGAACCGGAGGUGAAGGCCCAGGUGUGAGGCCCGCGUCCUCGUGUCACAGAGCAGGAGGCCCAGGCUGUGCCAGGCAUCCAGGCCCAGGGUCCCCAUCUGCCACCACUGCACACCUGUCAGCUGUCCUGCCCUGCAUCAUGCCUGUGGAUCAGCUGAGUGAUCUCCGCAAGGUAGUGAACCAGCUGUUUCUGUCCGAGGAGGCCGCGACCCCGUCGCCCUCCUCCGCUUCGAGCCCCCCGCCCUCCUCUGUGGAAGCGGAGGCCUUGCCUCAGGAUGCUCUGCUGGCGAUGAUGGCUGACCUGGUGGAGUUCCUGCUCCUCAAGUAUUGCGCCAACGAGCCCAUCACCAAGGCAGAGAUGCUGAACGUGGUCCCCGGAGAUGCCCAGGGCCGCUUCCCCGACGUCCUGAGCCGCGCCUCCGAGUGCCUGCUGCUGGUCUUUGGCUUGGAUCUGAAGGAGGUGGACCCCGGCGAGCACACCUACGCCCUGGCCCCCACCCUGGGCCUCACCUGGGAUGGGGUGCUGAGCGGUCAGGAGCUGAGCCUGCCCAAGACCGGCCUCCUGGUGGUGGUCCUGGUCGUGAUUUCCCUGCAGGGGGACCGCGCCCCCGAGGAGGUGAUCUGGGAAACGCUGGGUGUCAUGGGGGUGUGUGCCGGCAUGGUGCACUGCAUCUAUGGGGAGCCCAGGGCACUCCUCACCCAGGUGUGUGUGCAGGAGGGGUACCUGGAGUACCGCCAGGUGCCCCACAGCGACCCCGCCCGCUACGAGUUCCUCUGGGGUCCCCGGGCCCACGCGGAGACCAGCAGGUUGAAAAUCCUGGAGCACCUGCUCAGGGUCAACGGGAGGGUUCCCAGGUCGUGCCGUUUCCUGGCCGAGCAGGCGGUGAGGGAGGAGGAAGAGGAGCCCUGAGCCCGAGGGGCGGCCAGGCUCCUUGCAGGCCAGCAGCUUGUCCAGCAGCUUCGCUCUGUGUUUGAAGAGCGAGCAGGCAGCCUGCCAAGGAGCGGGGGCGGGCGAGGGGGGCA